UUGGACUUGCUGUUAAAAUAAAAAUAAAAACUAAAUUUUUUUUGGUUUUGAGAUGGGGUGUAAAAAGAAAGUACUCGCUGUACAUGUACUCGUCUUCCCCUUCCCAGCCCAGAGCCACGUAAGCAGCAUGCUCAAAUUCGCAGAGCUUCUCUGUUUAGAAAACCUCAAGGUCACCUUCCUCAACUCCCAUUAUAUUCACGAUCGCCUCUUCCGUUGCACUGACGUUGAAGCUCGUUUUGCAAACUAUCCCGGAUUAAUCCGCUUCAAAACUAUACCCGAUGGGUUACCAGAAGACCACCCACGCUGCGGUCAUGACCGAUUUAGAGAGAUGUUUGAAUCGACAAGAGCUGUGACAAAGCCACUCUUCAGAGAGAUGAUGGUCUCUGGCGAACUGAGCUUGGGAAGUAGUACUUGGUCGCCGGUGACCUGCAUUGUGGCUGACGGAGUAAUGAGUUUUGCUAUUGAUGUGGCCAAGGAUAUCGGAAUUAUGAGCGUCGCUUUUCGUACCAUUAGUGCUUCUUGCUACCGGGCUUAUUUUAGUAUUCCUCGACUCAUUGAAGCAGGCGAGCUGCCCUUCCAAGGAAACGUGGACAUGGAUAUGCCAAUAGAGCACGUGCCCGGUAUGGAGGGCUUUCUACGGCGCCGAGACCUCCCAGGAUUCUGCCGGAGCAGCAACCUGGCCGACCCGAUUCUCCAAUUUGUUAUUAGUGAGAGCCAGCAUAACGCCAGAGCCGACGCGCUCAUAGUCAACACGUUUGAAGACUUGGAAGCUCCUGCACUCGCCCACAUACGCACCCACAUCAUCCCAAACACCUACGCUAUCGGACCGCUCCACUCGCAUUUACAAACAAGACUCGGAGGCAAAACGGCUGUCUCUUUAUAUACUCUUUGGGAAGCGGACAGAAACUGCCUGACGUGGCUGGACACGCAGCCCUCCAAAUCAGUCGUUUACGUAAGCUUUGGAAGCGCUGUUGUGAUGACGAGGGACCAGCUCUUGGAGUUUUGGUAUGGUUUGGUUAAUAGCAAGAAACGGUUCUUGUGGGUCAUGCGGCCAGACUUGGUGACCGGAAAAGACGAAACGCCGAUUCCGGCGGAGCUGCUGGAGAGGACGAGUGGGGUAGGGUGCUUGGUGGACUGGGCCCCGCAAGAGGAGGUACUGGGCCACCGAGCAAUUGGCGGGUUUUUGACCCACAGUGGGUGGAACUCAACCUUAGAGAGCAUAGUGGCUGGAGUGCCUAUGAUUUGCUGGCCUUACUUUGCGGAUCAAAUGGUGAACAGUAGGUUUGUGAGCGAGGCGUGGAAGCUUGGGGUGGACAUGAAAGAUUUGUGUAAUAGAGGGAUUGUGGAGAAGAUGGUGAAUGACCUGAUGGUAGAGAGGAGGGAAGAGUUUGUAAGAUCAGCGGAUGAGAUGGCUAGGUUGGCAAGAGAGAGUGUGAGCCGAGGUGGGUCCUCGUUUUGUAAAUUGGACCGUCUGAUCAAGGAUAUCAGGAUCAAUAGCCAGCGAGCCUCUAAGACAAGCAUCAUAUUUGAUGUUAAUUACCCUUUCAAUCUUAAUCGAUCAUAA